CUUUUUCAAAAAAGUUUCUCUAUGAAAAACCUGAUUUAAUAGCGAAUUGCAAAAUCGCUUUGCAAGAAAAGUCGACACCACUUCGGCUUGGUUAGCCGUUGUAUUCCUUAACUUGUAUGUAAUGGCUCAGAUAUUUAUCCUAACAUGGCAUGCGAAUGAAAUAUCGGAGGAGGGUUUAGCAAUAUCGGAUGCAAUAGCUGCCAGUCAAUGGCAAAAACAAAGCAAAGAGGUACAAAAGUUGUUAAUAGUAAUGAUGAUGAUAGCUCAAAAGCCAAUUGGUCUCACCGCGGGACCAUUUUUUCGCAUGACGAACUCUGCUGCGAUGCAGACUAUGAAAGUGGCUUAUUCCUACACGUCUUUAAUGAGCAAAAAUUUUCCUGAAUAGAUAUAAAACGCAAGAAAAAGCUGAGUUUAAAUGUCGCACUAAUUGGAAGUAGCCGUAGAUUUAGCAGAAAAUAAAAUAAACACACACCUCCCAACUGUUUUCCUAAUUUUCAUUGGAUGCAUUAAUGCAUCUAAAAUUCCCUAUUUUCAGCUAUCUGAAAAAUUAA